AUGCUGCCAGAUCGCUCUCUGGCAUUUUCGGGUGACCCGUGCACCGGCGGCAAGCUCAGCAAGGAGCGCAUCACAGUGAUGGUUGGUGCCAACGCAACCGGAACAGAGAAGCUCCCUCUUCUUGUAAUAGGAAAGGCGAGAAACCCAAGAUGUUUCAGGGCAAUGAAAACCCUCCCUGUCGAAUAUGAGAGCAAUUCGAAAGCGUGGAUCACCCAAGCUUUGUUCGAGCAGUACGUACGAAGACUUGACCGCAAGUUUGCGCGUCAGCAUAGAAAAGUCAUCCUUUUCGUAGACAACUGCGGCGCGCAUGGGAGCGUGCCUAACCUUGAGGCCAUUCGGUUGGAAUUUUUGCCACCGAACACCUCAAGUGUGCUCCAGCCAAUGGAUCAAGGCGUCAUCAGAAAUAUCAAAGCACACUACCGUGCCCGCCUGCUCAAUUGUACCGUGCUGUGCCUUGACAGCGGCAAAGCCUACAAAGUCGACAUCCUGGCCGCCAUCCAUAUGCUAGCCGAGGCAUGGAAGGCGGUGAAGCCGGAGACCAUCGCGAAUUGUUUCAGGCAUGCGGGUUUCGGUGCCGCUGAAGAGGCCGAGGCGGAUGACCUGGACGUUCGCGAUCUGCGAAGUGGUGGAGUGGAUGUUCCUGCCAUGGUGACAUUUCGGGACUUCACUGGUGCAGACGACGAUGUUGUUUCGUGCGCUGAGCCCACAGAAGACGAAAUUCUGCGGCAGGUUGUGCCGCAGCCAGAGAGCGGCUCGGAUGACGACGACGACAAAGAUGACCGCCCGCAGCCGUCGGCGGCACAGAUCAUCGACGCGGUGACACUCUUAAUGGGCGUUUACGGCGAGGAUGUCACCCUGGCGCAAAUACAGGCAAAUGCAAUUGCUUGUAGACGUAAUAUGAGGCAAGGCAGCAUCAAGGAAUUUUUUAAGCCAGCCCGAAUGCAAUAA